CACGAUGGAGUGAAACCAUUAUUGUUAUUAUUAUUAUUAUUACUGCACGUUCGUUGUUUGGACUGUUCAGUACUUCAGUCGCUGAUUUAACUCCAACGCCGCGUUAACGUCUCUCAUGCGAAUCAGAAUCAACCGAUAAACCUUAGACACUCCGACGUGUUCUCUGCGAGUCAUAUAGCACACACAUAUUAUGUAGGUUCCUACCUACCUACACGGAUACAACAUAUAUAUUACGGUUAUCGUUUUGUGGAUUUGUCACAAACUUUCAAUGGGUCACGACCAACCUCACUCAUACGUUUGGCCUGCAGACUAUAACUGGAUGAAACCACAGCAUCAUGUUGAAGUUUCAACAGUGAGUCAAGUAAACUUCCCAGUGUCAUCAACAGAAGUUCUGGUGCCAUGGCUAUUAUCUAUGUGGAUGAUGGGAAAUAAAACUCCUACGGACUAUCCUAAACGUAAAGUUGUGAAAAAACCAAACAGAAAAGGUCGGAACGAAAACACGGGAUUUAAAGAUCGUUUUACAUGGGGCCAAAUUGAUCUGGAAUAUCCCAAUCAAGAUUCCAAACAGAUGGCUAUUAAUACCGGUGCAUUUAUACCGGUUAACAAUCUACUAUUAGGGCUGGAAGUGUGGAAGAACAAGAUGUUUUUAAGCCUGCCACAGUGGAGACCGGGAAUACCAGUAACGUUGGCGUACGUGAAUUUGAACAGUCACGCCAAGUCCCCAAUCCUGAAGCCAUAUCCCUCGUGGAACUGGUACGCUAAUAAUAUGAACCGCUGUCAUGGUUUGGUGUCCGUGUUCCGGAUGGAAGUGGACAAGUGUGACCGAUUGUGGGUGUUGGAUACAGGCGCCAUAAACUUGGCAAAUAAGGUCGAUCAAAUAUGUCCAGUCAAGCUAGAUGUGUUUGAUUUGAAAACUGAUACACAUAUCAAGCGUUUUAUUAUCCCGAAAAAUCAAACGUUAAAGGAUUCGCUGUUUACAAACAUUGUAGUAGAGAUUCUCAACGAUAAUUGUGAAGAUGCGUAUGCUUACAUGUCUGAUGUAUUUCAAUACGGAUUGGUUGUUUACAGCUAUAAAGAGGACGUCUCUCGCCGGAUCAACCAUCCAUAUUUCUACCCAGAUCCGCUGUACUGCCAUUACAGUAUGGACGGCAUAACGUUCAACUGGAUGGACGGUAUUUUCGGCAUGUGCCUGUCACCGGACGGCGGUGCCGGGCAGCGGGUGCUCUACUUCCAUUCGCUGUCCAGCAACAACGAGUUCUACGUGCCCACCGCAUCGCUGCGCAACGGUACGCUCCGCGAGGGUGACAUCAUCGAGCAUUUCUUUGCGCUCAACGAUUCCCGGUGCGCACGCCACCAAUCGUGUCAGUCGUCUGGCAUGGCCGUGGACGCGAAGGGCGUCAUGUACUACAACUUAGUGACAGCGGGCAAAGUGGGAUGCUGGGACACCGGCCGCCCGUUCGAGUCGGUCACACAGGGGCUGUUGUCCAGCGGCCCGACACCGCUCAGCUUCCCCAACGAUCUUAAGGUAGACAAGGAGUCCGCGCAAAGGGUGUGGAUGCUCAGCAACGGGCUACAUAAGUAUCUGUACGGCAAAACCGACCCAAACCAGAUCAACUACCGAAUAAUGGUUGCGUACACGGACGAUGUCGUCAAAGGUACGGUCUGUGAAUCCAACUGACUGCCCUAUAAUAAUUUAUAUAAUUCAGGACUUGAAAAACGGUUAAACCAAAACAGAAAAAAAGCUACAUACUUUAUACUAUAUAAUAUUUAAAACUGAAAUUUAAAUUGAAAAAAAAUAUUGGUAUUCAAACCUGAAAAACUGAAACGAUGUUAAAAAU